AUGGCCCUUGAGAGUUGUUUAAGAGUAUCCACACCAAGACCUCAUUGUCUUCCUCCAUUGUUUUCAUCUUCAAGGGAAAAGCUUGUUUUCUCACCUCAAAAAGUAGGAUUCAAGAAAUCUGUACUGAACUCAACAGUUUCACUUCCAUCUGGUGUUGCUUAUAGAAAAUCACGCUUUGUUUGCAAUGCUCGUGAAGCUGUAAAUGAAGUUCAAGUAGUGAAUGACUCAAGCUGGGAUGAACUUGUGAUUGGAAGUGAAACACCUGUGCUUGUAGAUUUUUGGGCACCAUGGUGUGGUCCAUGCAGAAUGAUAGCGCCUAUAAUCGAUGAAUUAGCCAAAGAGUAUGCUGGAAAAAUUAAGUGCUACAAGCUCAACACAGAUGAAUCUCCAAACACUGCAACAAAGUAUGGAAUCAGAAGCAUACCAACUGUUCUGUUUUUCAAGAAUGGAGAGAAAAAAGACAGUGUAAUUGGUGCAGUUCCUAAGGCUACUCUGUCUGAAAAAGUGGAGAAGUAUAUUUAA